GUCAAAAACCCGGGUGUCCCGUUUUUUAUUGGAUUGCCUGUAAAGCAUGCGUUCGCGGCAACAACCAUACGCCGGAGAGCAGUUGAUUGGGGACAUUGGGCGACAGUGCCGAGCCUGGUGCUCAUCGGGUCGAUCGGCGGCAGUGCUGGGUGGAAAUCUUGCAUUUUCUAGUUAGACAACGAGCUGCUGGGCUCACAGCCCUUGCUGCCUUGGAAUGCGGGCCAGACACCUCGCCCGCACAGCCCUCCGGCUCUGUCUUGAUCUGCCCCGACAUCCGAAAUGCAUGGCCCCCAGCCGUCCCGGAGGGUGCUCUCCAUUCAGUCGCAUGUCGUCUAUGGCUACGUCGGAAACAAGGCCUCCACUUUUCCUCUCCAGCUGCUUGGAUUCGAUGUCGAUCCCAUCAAUACCGUCCAGUUCUCCAACCACACGGGUUAUCCAGCGUUUACAGGACAACGGAUCGAUGGUGACCAACUCGAAAGCCUUUUCGAUGGCUUGGAAAAGAAUGGAAUGCUCAACGAUUAUUCGAAUGUCAUCACAGGAUACAUUGGUAGAAAGAAUACCCUUGAGGUGACCCAGCGGUUCAUCGAGAAGCUCAAGCGGAAACAUCCCUCAGUCCAGUAUGUUCUGGAUCCGGUGAUGGGCGACGAGGGCCGGCUCUAUGUUUCUGAAGAGCUCAUUCCGAUCUACAAGCAAAUGUGUCGUCUGGCCGACAUUGUCACUCCAAACUCGUUUGAGGCUGAGAUCCUGAGCGACGUCAAGGUCGAUUGCACCACCUCAGCGAUCGAGGCAUGUCGCAAAAUCAAUGACAUGGGUGCCCGGAUCGUGAUCAUCACAUCGGCGCAGCUCGGCGACCAGGACAAUCCCUCGGAGACCCUCCAUCUGGUGGCCUAUCUUCGUCUGGAAGAUCAAGCGAGAGCCAAGGCGUUCCUGAUUUCUUUUCCAAAGCUGCAAGGGUACUUUACCGGCACGGGGGACAUGUUUGCAUCGCUGCUGCUGGCACACAUCCACAUGGCGCAGUCCAGGCACCAGGGGUCACUGCAGACAGCGAGGUGGCUCGAAGAGGCCUGUGAAUUGGCGGUAGCGACCAUGAACCAAGUAUUGAUGGAGACGAGCAAGCUAUCGGCGGAAGCAAGCACUGGAUCAUCCGGAGAGCCAGUCGAUGGUCCUGGUACCACUUUGUUGAUCCGCAGACGGGAACUCCGGCUUAUCCAAAGCAAGAAACACAUCGAGGCUCCGCAUGUGCUCUUCAAGGCACGCGACCUGGAGCUCUAGUAUGCUCGAUUCAUGAAACGAGCUGCUCAUGCAGAGCAAUCAAGAGUCCUUAUCUGAUAGAGCCGUAAUGAAGUUGAAACGGGCAUGUGCAUUGGUCCAGUCGCAGUCCUGUACCUUGAACACGAGUUGCAAUCCACAGUGCUUGGGAU